AUGGGCGACGACCGAAGGACAUCCUUCCUCCUGUUCUCGGGAGGUCUCUUCUCGCGCAAGCAGCGUCAAAAGCACCAGCAAAAGCAACCUAGCUCAAAAGACCGCCAGCGCCCUCACUACGGCAGCGUCGGUCACGCAGCGGGCAGCGUCGAAAAGGCUGUGGUGACCAUCAGCGCUACUCAGAACAAAUCGACUCGCACAACAGUGUCGGCGCGUCCUCGUUUGCAGGAAGCGUCGUUUGUCGCCCCGAAACAAGCCUCAACGGUUCGCUCAGCACAAACCAGGGAGAUGGCGUUUCCUGUUCACGUCCCAGGGAGACCACUAUCAGCAAACCAGAUGGCACAGCCUGCCAGACCGGAGCCAGGCAAGGUCCCUAUCCAGCGUGGUCUAAAUCACGUCUUUGACUACGACCACCAUGGCCCCAUGUCCUCUCACUUUGGAUCGGCACCUGAGUCCAACGAGGUGCGCGUUCGACGGUUUUCGGAGAACCAGUACUCGACGCCACGCGCAACCAAACAGGAGCGUCUAUACUCGAUGGGCCACGGUCACGACCCGUCAUCGGUUGGGCACAACAAGGGACGCGCCAGUAUUGGAGCCCGCCCUCUGUCAGCGUAUUGGGACGACGAGUAUUAUGACGACGACUACGACGACGAGGGCCCCCUCAACCCCCUGGAAGUGCUUGAGGAGUUCUUUCACGACACUCCGGCGGCUGGACCUUGGUUCGACACAGCGUUGAGUCUUUCGCCUCGCAGAACGCCAAAACCUUCUGCACCUGCCACAUCUUGCAGCACUCCAUCACAACGUACUCGCCUCGUGAGCGACUCGUCCUUCAUCUCUCCGUUGUCUCCUUCCACCGUCUUGUCCCCUGGGCCCGCCCCAACUUCCCCUCCUCCCCAGGCCCCUCGGUUCGGCUUUCCCACUCGCCUCCGACGCAACUCGUCCGUCACUAGCCGUGCAAGCAACACAGAAGGCAAAUGGGCCGAGCUCAAUCAGAUCUUCCGCACCCUCAGCAAUCGGGACAGUGACGAGUUGGGCACGCCGAGUGUCCCCAUCCACCUGCGACCCUUACCACCUGUGCCUAUGUCACCACCAGAGUCGCUCGGCGGACGUAUGCAUCGCAGCAGACCGUCGGUCUGGCGAGACAGCAUCGAGGAAGCUGCAGAGCCACGCCGGGAACCGAGCUCCGCCUCCGCUGUAGACCUUUCGCUGGACCCGGCCACUGUGCUGGACGCCGACAUGGACGUCAGACCUCCUACAAGCCCCGUCGUAGCCCACAUUAUUCCUCCUAAGGAGAGGGCGCGAAUCGGAUCAAGUCGCCAGGACUCGUUUUCUUCUCAGUCUUCUCAGGACUCCAGCAACUCCCACACCAGCACACUGCAAACACCAGACGCAUAUUUCAACAAACCUCAGCCCAUUCCCUCUAGCCCCUUUCGUUCAACCAAGCGCCUCGGGGGGCUGGUCCCGGUCGGCCUUACUCCACCCCCUCGCCCACUGUCGCGAACUCAGGCCUCGAGUGGACUCGCCCUCGGGUCUUUGUCGUACACGCCUGUUGGUAUCGGCUCGACGACAACAGGUUAA